AUGACGAUAAACUACAAUCUAGCCGUCUCCACCUCGAAACCGUGGACCCUAUUUAAGCUACUCCUGAAAUGGCGAGGGUCGAUUUGGAAGAGUGUUAUAGUGGAAUUAAUUGUUUGGUGGAUACUGUACGCGAUUGUCAGCAUAAUUUACCGAAGUGCCCUUAACCCAAGGCAACAACAAACCUUCGAAAAAGUCGUCCAAUACUUUGACAAUCGAUUAUCCUACAUCCCGCUCAACUUCAUGCUCGGCUUCUUUGUGACGGUGGUGGUGAAUCGGUGGACGUACCUAUAUCAGAUUAUCGGCUUUAUUGAUAAUGUCGGUCUAAUGACGGCUGAAUAUGUGCGCGGCAGGGGUGAGAUGAGCCGGAUGUAUAGAAGAAAUAUUUUGCGGUACUGUGAGCUGGCGCAGGUGCUCGUCUUCCGAGAUAUUAGCAUGCGAACGCGGCGUCGAUUUCCAACGCUAGAUACGGUGGUGGCGGCAGGCUUUAUGUUGCCGCACGAAAAGGAGAAAUUCGACGAGAUCCAGUACCGGUAUUCGAAAUAUUGGCUUCCGUUUCAAUGGGCAUUAGCCUUGACUUAUGAUGCGAGAAAGAAGGGGCUAAUUGAGAGCGACUACUAUCAAGUUUGCGUCACGAAUGAAAUCAAAACAUUCCGAACGGGUCUCGCCUGGAUUUGCAACUACGACUGGGUCCCAAUUCCGAUAAUGUACCCACAGCUCGUCUGUCUCGCCGUCCAUACGUAUUUCCUCGUAUGCGUGCUAUCGCGUCAGUAUAUCAUCUCUGAACACGCCACGAAUAAAACUGAGCUCGAUCUCUACUUUCCGAUCAUGUCCAGUCUGCAAUUUAUUUUUUAUAUGGGCUGGAUGAAGGUGGCGGAGGCGAUGCUGAACCCGUUCGGCGAGGACGACGACGACUUCGAGACGAACGCCCUCAUCGACCGCAAUAUUACCAUGGGACUGAUGAUCGUGGAUCAGGGCUACAAUAGGCCACCUGAGAUUCGCCGGGAUCCAUUCUGGGAUGAGGAAUUCGAGCCGUUGUAUUCCGAAGAGACGGCGAAAAUUCCUCAGCCAAGCCUUCGUGGAUCGGCUAGUCAAAUUAGGCUGCCCGACCAUGUGCAAGAGAUCCGGAUGGUGCCGCUGGCAGAUGAUAAGGAUCCGGAAUCGCCGACGUUACGUCGACGGGUCAGCGUGGUGCCGGUCAAACGAGAUGAAACACGCGCCAGCAGACGUUCUUCCCUAUCGGCCACUGAAGUGUUCGGAAAUAUCAAGCGAAAAGUGGAGAGGUCGUUCAGCAAGAGUAAGCUGACCGAAGAUGGGGGAACGCCCGCCCCGGUGAAGUCGAUCUCGGCCACCCAGCUGGAAGAUAUGGAAACAGGAGCCAAGAAAAACCCGCUUACCGCACAGAUUAGCGCUCCGGUUAAUACGGUGUAUAACGUGGAAGAAGAGCUCGACACCCCGGCGAAAAGCGAUGAGGGAAGGCCAAGUCGAUCACAGUCUGGCGCCAACAUCCGAGCCAAAGACUUCAUGCACCACGUGCUCGACAAUGUCAUCGAGGAGGACGAGGAUGAGCUUAACCGCAAGAAAAGCGUCCAUAUGCAGCAGGCCAAACAACAUUUGCAGCAACUCAAGGAGAAGCUGGACGCGAUCACCGGCGAGGGCUCAAUAGCCGAGGAGUCGAUUGACACGACGGAAACGGAAUUAGACAAAGAUCAGAGGAGCGAGCGAACCGAGGAGGACACGCCGGAAACCGGUCAAAAACCUGACGACCCGCCGGAGGAGAGAUCGAUUACGCCGGGACCGCCGAAAGAACGGGAGCGCAGCAAGGAGUUCUACAUUGGCCCGUACAAGAGCGACGACGAGCAC